AAGUGACUUCUUCUUGCAGCAUGUACGCUCAGCUUCCUUUUUUCUCAAUGUGUGUGAAGAUGAAACUGUUAGAAUAGAAGGACAUCUGCAAACAUCUCACACCUGCAGAGGGCUGAACAGAGGUAAGGGCUUGAUGGCAGCUAAUUGUUCCCUGACAGAUGUCAACUUUGCCUGUCUGUCUCUCUUAACAUGUUUGCAGCUGUGCAGCAGGCUGACAGCCUCUGGCAUUCUCUUUCUGCCGGGGUCCUCCCAAAUGCACCCAAAAUCCCAGCCAUGCUGUUUGAUCUCCACAGGCCUGCCUGAUGACAACAGGCUGUGGUGAUUUUAUUUGUCAUCUUUAGAGCAUGUGUAGCAGUAUUUCUUUCCCAGAGACAUCAGAUGUUUGUACUGCAGACAUCUUUUCCAGGAGAAAAGGCUAAUAGAUGAGGGCAGGCUGUAUUUCCUGGCUGGCCCAAUCCUCUGGAGACUUCCUGGUCAUUAGCAUCCCCCAGAAGGACAUGCACCAUAAUGGCUGCAGACUCUAGGUGGUGCUGCCCCAAGCCCUGUAGCCUACAGCGUCCGACAUCAGUUGCAGCCUGGCCUGGGUUUGGGUUAUUUUAAGCUGCCCCUGCAAUGCAGCUGCAACUCCAGAAAAAGGACUGAGGGGCCUGCUCAUCAGGGAAGAGCUCAGUAAGCACACGUUGUCACUGGCUUAGAGAGCAGGGAGACAAUAUAAUUACAGUCAUUCCAAGAGGUUCAUUCUGCUGCAUUGCCCUUUUCAGGAACACCCCUCCCAUUUCUUUGGCACCAAUACUAUUUUUUAAAAACCUUCCUGGUAAAUUUCAAAAUGCCACUGGUAAAAGCAAACUGCUUCACUUAGCUCCUUGGUUACUUGUUUAAAAUUCAGUGUAUCUCAGUAGAAUUUUUUUAUGCAAGGGAUUGAAGCUCCUGACCUUGCCAUUUGGGGGAAGGGGAUGUCUAAGAGUAUGGGGAGGAGCUUUCACCUUCAACCCGAGGUCCUCAACUGCAUUCCACACGAAGCAUUAGCUUUAGGACAACAUGAGCAAAGACUGAACCCUGAGAAUGCAGUUUGCCCACUCAUCUAUUAAUUUGGUGUGUGAAUUAACAGGCUUUGCCCAGAAAGAGGAAGGGGUGAAGCUGUGGAAUUGCUUUCCUUGGAAAGCUUUGUUUAGUGGACACCUGUUAGUCCUGAAUGGCAGGCAGAAUCCUAGGUUCACAAGUGUUAAUUUUCUAACUCUGAAGCUCCUUCUAUUGUCAUUUCCAUCCGUCUAACUUUUCAGAUUCCUAAGUAUUUUUUCUGCUUCAUUCAUGUAUGCAUUCAUUCAUCCAUUCAGUGAGCAUUCAUUAAAUGUGAACUAUGUGCCAGGACUGCACUGGACAUGGGGGCCACUGUCCCUGCCCUUGAGCUUCCAAGGCCGUGAUGGGUGGAUGAGCAGGGGUCAGUGGGCAGACACCGAGGUCAGUGCCGCUGGUAGCCCACAUGUCUGGGGCAUGUGGAGCUGUGGAGCAUCACCUACUGGGUCUAGGGGCUGGUGAGGCUUCCUGGAGUGGUCCUAGAGAAACAAAUUGGCAAUAAUUAGGGAGGAAGUUUAGUGAAAGAAAGAGAAAGGCGUUUAGAGGGAAAUUUGGAAAGUGUGGCCAAAGGGUGUACCACGUAAACCCUCUCUCCAGUCCCCCACAGCUUUUAGUAAGAGAUCAGUUUCCUGAGAAUGUAUGUGGGCUGGGAGCUCUGUGGAGGAUGUGCCAGGCAUGGCUCGGUGCUCCUGAGCCUGCUGCCCCCAAGUGACACGGAGAAGGCUGUUUGCAGAACAGCCACAGGUAGCAGCACAAAGAACAAGCGUGAAUGGGAAACAGUUCUCAAGAGCUCUGCCUCUCUCUCAUGUGUCCAUUCGCCUCUUAAUAAUUACCGAAUACCUGCUGCACACACUGUCGUCGGGACUGGGAAAACAGGGAAAACCGCCGCAUCUUGGCCCUUUUGGACCUUUACAUAAUGAUCAGCAAAUAGAUGAAUCUGUGGUUUGUCAGACCAUGAUGGAGGAAGACAGCUAUGGAGAAAGACAAAGGAAGGAAGUGAGAUAGAGCCUGCAAGGCUAGGGUGAGGGUGGGAGGUGCGACACAGGUGACAUUCAAACUGAUCCUUGAGGGAGUGGCCAUGUGGGUGCCUGAAGUAAGGGUGGUCCAGGCAGAGGAAAGAAGCGGGAAAGCCCUGAGGCAGCAGUGGGCUUGUUGUGUUCAGGGAAAGGCAAGGAGGGGAAGGCAGAAGCAGAGCAGUGGGAGGGAGUGGGUCGGAGAGGAGGAGAUGGAGCUGGGCAGUGCAUGGAGGGCCGGGAGGCUCUGUCUCGGGCAAGGUUAGAAGCCAAUGGAGGCUGUGGGCAGGGGAGUGGCAGAUGUGACCUCUGUUUCAAUGUGAAUACCCACUGUCAGGUCAGCGUGGGCCCAGGCUUAGAGCAGCCAACUGGUGCCUAGCAAAAACAAACAAAAAACAAAAAACCCAGAGUCUCCAGAAACCAAUUAAGCAAAAAUAUGUAUAGAACAUCUAGUACGUGAAGGACAUUUUGCUAGGUAGUUGGUUCCUCUCCUGAAGGAGUGAGCUUUCCGGAUGAGUUGAAGAUAUGUGCAUGCUCGGGAGGUGACGGCUCAUUGCAGGGCAGGGCAUCAUCCGUGUUGAAGGAGUGCCAGUGUUUCAGAAACAGACACAGAGUAGGUACGUUUGAUGGACAGUUAAGAGGAACACUCUCUAUGUGACAGCACUGUUUUAAGUGCUCUGGAUCUUCUGGGGAUGAGAUUAGUGUUUUUCAGUCAUGCGUGGGAUAGUUGAGGAUCAUGCUAGGCAGAGGUGAGCCCUUUCCUGGAAGGAGUUAACCUAAAAAGCAUAAUCUGCCUCAUCUGGGAGGAGCUUAAUAAAUCUCUCUUCAAUGAAGUAAUGGUCAAUCAGAAAAUUUAUAUUUUAGCUAUAAAAUUACUUAUCACAAUUUACCAUGGGGCAUAAUCUUAGUCAAGCACCCAAAUUAAUAAUUUCAGGCAACAGAUACUGAAACGCCAAAGUGAUAAGGUGGCAGGUAUUUCAGUUAGCUACUGCUGCAUAAUGAAUGACCCCAAAGCUUAGCGACUUAAAACAAUGAUUUGUUAUUCCUCAUCAUUCUGUCAGCUGGGAGUUUCUUCUGCUGGCCUCACCUGGGCUCACGCACAAGACUGCAUUUAGCUAGGGUGUCAGCUUGGGGAUGGGCAUAGCUGGGAUGCUGGGUCACCUGAAUCUUUCUCUGCACGUGGUAUUGUUUUAAAAUACAGGUUUUAGCGGUGCCUCAGGAUGUAGAGUGUAACAAGGGGGCUGGGGUGGGCAGCGUGGGCCUGUCAGGCCUGUGGGUGCUCGCGUCCUCCAGAUCCCCCCGCAGCUGACUCCGCAGUGGUCCGCUCCGGUUGCCAGGCGCAGAUUUGCGUUCCGAACGGAAGGCUGCGUAUUCUCUGCUGCUUAUUGUGGCCUCAACAGGCCGUGGUUACUUUGGCCACUGCCAGAGCAGCCUUGGCACUAUGGAGGAGCCUAGGGCUACCCCUCAGCUGUACUUGGGGCUGGUCUUGCAGUUGCUACCCAGGGUUAUGGCAGCACUGCCUGAAGGUGUGAGACCAAAUUCGAAUCCUUAUGGUUUUCCAUGGGAAUUGGUGAUAUGUGCAGCUGUCGUUGGAUUUUUUGCUGUUCCCUUUUUUUUGUGGAGAAGUUUUAGAUCUGUUAGGAGUCGGCUUUAUGUGAGAAGAGAGAAAGAGCUUGCUGUAGCACUUUCUGGACUAAUUGAAGAAAAAUGUAGACUACUUGAAAAAUUUAGCCUUGUUCAAAAAGAGUAUGAAGGCUAUGAAGUAGAGUCAUCUUUAGAGGAUGCCAGCUUUGAGAAGGAGGCAACAGAAACACAACGUUUGGAGGCAACCUGUGAAAAGCUGAACAGGUCCAAUUCUGAACUGGAGCAUGAAAUACUCUGUCUAGAAAAAGAGUUAAAAGAGGAGAAAUCUAAACAUUCUGAACAAGAUGAGGUGAUGGUGGAUAUUUCCAAAAGGAUACAGUCUCUAGAAGAUGAGUCAAAAUCCCUCAAAUCACUACUAGCUGAAGCCAAAAUGACCUUCAAGAGAUUUCAAAUGAAGGAAGAAAAACUGAAGAUAGCAAUACAAGAUGCUUUGAGUGAAAAUUCUCAACUUCAGGAAAGCCAGAAACAGCUUUUGCAAGAAGCUGAAGUAUGGAAAGAACAAGUGAGUGAACUUAAUAAACAGAAAAUAACAUUUGAAGACUCCAAAGUGCACGCAGAACAAGUUCUAAAUGAUAAAGAAAAUCACAUCAAGACUCUGACUGAGUGCUUGCUGAAGAUCAAAGAUCAGGCUGGUAUGCUGGAAGAAGACAUAAUGGAUGAUGGUAACUUGGAAUUGGAAAUGAACAGUGAAUUGAAAGAUGGUGCUUACUUAGAUAAUCCUCCAAAAGGAGAUAUGAAGAAACUGCUUCAUGCUGCUAAGUUAAAUGCUUCUUUAACAACCUUAGAAGGAGAAAGAAACCAAAUUUAUAUUCAGUUAUCUGAAGUUGAUAAAACCAAGGAAGAGCUUAGAGAGCAUAUUAAAAAUCUUCAGACGGAACAAGCAUCUUUGCAGUCGGAAAACACAUAUUUUGAAUGUGAGAAUCAGAAACUUCAACAGAAAGUUAAAGUAAUGACUGAGUUAUAUCAAGAAAAUAAAAUGAAACUCUACAGGAAAUUAAUAGUAGAGGAAAAUAACCGGCUAGAGAAAGAGAAACUUUCUAAAGUAGACGAAAUGAUCAGCCAUGCCACUGAAGAGCUGGAGACCUGCAGAAAGCGAGCCAAAGAUCUUGAAGAAGAACUUGAGAGAACUAUUCAUUUUUAUCAAGGGAAGAUUAUAUACCAUGAGAAAAAAGCACAUGAUAAUUGUUUGGCAGCAUGGACUGCUGAAAGAAACCUCAAUGAUUUAAGGAAAGAAAAUGCUCACAACAGACAAAAAUUAGCUGAAACAGAGUUUAAAAUUAAACUUUUAGAAAAAGAUCCUUAUGCACUUGAUGUUCCAAAUACAGCAUUUGGCAGAGAGCAUUCCUCAUAUGGUCCCUCACUGUUGGGUCAGCCUUCAUCUGAAAUGAGAGCUUUUCUCUAUCCUCCAGCUUUGUUGGAGGGUCCACUCAGACUCUCACCUCUGCUUCCAGUGGGAGGAGGAAGAGGCUUAAGAGGCCCAGGGAAUCCUCUGGACCACCAGAUUACCAAUGAAAGAGGAGAAUCAAGCUGUGAUAGGUUUACUGAUACUCAAAAGGCUCCUUCUGACACUGGGCCCCUGUCACCUCCGUGGGAACAGGACCGUAGGAUGAUGUUUCCUCCACCAGUACAAUCAUAUCCUGAUUCAGCUCUUCCUCCACAAAGGCAAGACAGAUUUUAUUCUAAUUCUGCUAGACGCUCUGGACCAGCAGAACUCAGAAGUUUUAAUAUACCUUCUUUGGAUAAAAUGGAUGGGUCAAUGCCUUCAGAAAUGGAAUCCAGUGGAAAUGAUACCAAAGAUAAUCUUGGUAAUUUAAAUGUGCCUGAUUCAUCUCUCCCCACUGAAAAUGAAGCAACUGGCCCUGGCUUUGUUCCUCCACCUCUUGCUCCAAUCAGAGGUCCGUUGUUUCCAGUGGAUAUGAGGGGCCCGUUCAUGAGAAGAGGACCUCCUUUCCCUCCACCUCCUCCAGGAACCAUGUUUGGAGCUUCCCCAGAUUAUUUUCCACCAAGGGAUGUCCCAGGUCCACCACGUGCUCCAUUUGCAAUGAGAAAUGUCUGUCCACCGAGGGGUUUUCCUCCUUACCUUCCCCCAAGACCUGGAUUUUUCCCCCCACCUGCACAUUCUGAAGAUAGUGAGUUCCCUUCAGGGUUAAGUCUGCCUUCAAAUGAGCCUGCUACUGAAGAUCCAGAACCACAGCAAGAAACCUGACAAUAUUUUCGCUCUCUUCAAAAGUCGUUUUGACUGUUC